CCGUAAUUUGCGGGAAUUAUAUUUCAGUCAAAGACCUGUAAUUUAGUUUUUGCCCGGGAUUUAGCUGCUGUCCGUUAUAGCGAGGUGUCUGCAAGGCAAGAGUUGACUGUAUAUACCCCCAUCGAAAUUGGCACGUGGAAGGUAAGAUUUCUUUAUACUUCUUUACAACUUUAGAGAAUCAUUUAAUGUUCAAAUUAUCUAGUGAGGAGGUUUUGGGAAAGCAAUGUGAUCCUCCACAUGAUUUUGAUGCCAAAGGUGAAAGCACACUCACGACAGUACAGGCGAACGAUCGGUAGAAGUGCUUCUUAAAACACAGAAUUGUGCCGUUUUUGAUCCCAAAUGUUAAGUGAAUCAAGAUCACUAUCGUAUGUUUUUAGUGUCGUGUUCUGCGUUUUCAGUCGCUUGAACUGACACCCCCGACUAAUACAUAAACAUAGGCGUGAAGGCGUGAACUAUUUUGAAUGCUUCAGUGUAACCAAGAGAUGAUAAAUCUACCUUUUCUAUCCAAAAUACAUUGUAUAGACCGUUUUUUUUGGUGCGAAAUUGGGUAUUGCUGCACAUGAAUGAGAACGCGAAACGCUCAGCUGAGUCGUUCCUUAUUCUAUAUAUUCACUUUCCUUUGCCUUUCCCUGAUAUAUCUAGUGCAAGUUAAACAAAUUGUUAAAGUUACACAAUAACUAUCAACUCACCAAACGUUGAUUAGAAGGAAAACUCGAAGGUUUCUUCGGAGAUUCUUAAGAUGUGGCUAUGUAUAAUCGAAUACCGAAUAAUUAAGAAAUAUCAAGAUUUUUAUCAGUGUAGUAGAGGUGACAAGGGCUAAUUGUCAUUAAUUGGAAUUUGAUACGACCGUUAUGAUGCCUGGGGGGGCACUUGGGUAUUUCUUGGGUGGGUAUGUGCCGCCCGGGGCUCCAAUUUGGCACCCCGUUCUAAAAAGAAUUUCCCCUAAAAUUGAUACCCCGUUCUAGAAAUGGGCCAAUUUUUUAUACUCCGUUCUAGAAAGUUUGUAAAUUGAAAUAGCCCUGUUUUUUUAAAAAGAUAUUUCUUUAUUUGUUUGACUUAUACAUCAAAUAAAUGCUUCUUCUUAAUCAUCCGAAGUACAUUUCCUGUGCAUGUGGAUACAUUGUGGUUAAUUAUGACACAAAAUCUCUCACCAAGCACAGAACUACGCUCGUAAGCUAACGAUUUUCCUUCUCCUCCCCCGUCCCUUUCUUUUGAGCCCGUCUCCAUCUCCCUCAGGUACAUUAUGGACUCGUUCUAGACUUCCACGUGCCUAUUUAUCCAAGAUGGCAGAGUCAGCGCUCGCAGCUCGAGCCAAUAUACGCCCGUCCUGCGCGCUAAAACACAGGGUGCAACAAAAGUACAACAGUUUGCUUGUUAAUGCAUUGAACCAUAUUUUUAAAAGCAAUCUGUCCUUGAAUAAUUUCAAAUGGCUGCUUACAAAACUGAAGCUUUCGUGCGUUCGAAAUAUUAUACCCCAUUCUAGUAAACGCCUCUGAAAUGGAUAACCCAUUCUAAAUCAGGAGCUUCAAAAUCACGACCCCGUUGGGUGGCACAUACCCCUAUAGGUAAUGAAUGGGAGUACCCCCCACCGGGUUAUGAUCAACCACUUUGGUCCACAUCCAGCGUUAUUGGUGUAGCCAGGGGAGGGUUCCAGGGGUUCCGGACCCCCCUUUGAGCUAUUGCACUGGUUAUAAUUUCAAGAAGAAUGAGACUUUUGCUGUUAAAGGAACUGAAAAGAACACAAUCAAUUGAAACAGCGUCACAUUCUAUUUUGAGGGUUACAAAUGAAUAUUAUGAGGAAGAUCACCCAAGGCCCCUGUGUAUAUGUUGUGGUUCAAUUUUAUCUUUGGUUUAAAUUUUAUUUCCCUCGUUUUGGGGUAUGGCAAUGUAUAUUAUGAGUUUAAAACAAAGGGAAAUAAAAUUUAAACCAAGGAUAAAAUUGAACUAGAACAUAUACAACCUGCAAUGUGGGAUUCAGUGCCCUUGUUAGUCUUGAUAGCUUUAAAAUGCUUGUUGUAAUGGUUUGACUAUGAGAGAGUUUAAUACAAACUCAGUAGAGGCAGAAGACAGUAUUAAUGGUCAUGAAAGUCAGAGGAUAUAAUGAAACUAGCGUUGAUGUUUGCAAAUCAGUGUGAGGAAAUUGUCUGAAACUAGGACACUAAUAGUAACAGCACGGCAAACUGCCUAAAACAUGCAGUAUUCAAAAUGCUAGCUUCAUUUGUCACUGAAAUUAUGGGAAGUUUGUGCUCAGAAUCACAAAACAGAAUUUCUGAGGACCUUAAAUAUUAAAAUUUUCCGUUGGAGAAUGCCUUAUACCCCAUGCCCUCCGAAGCUCGAUUGUCAAUCUAGACAAAAAUACCACAUUUGGAACCCCUCUAUCACGCAAAAAUGCUGGCAACGCCCCUGAGCAUGCAAAGAAAGUAGUGUCCAAUAGCCCGGGGCUUGUGGAUUUUGCUAUCAGGCUAGUGAAUUUUGUUCUUAACUUGCCCAAUGGGCAAGUGAAGUUUUUUGAGGAAAUCAAAUUACAGAAGAACCGCAAAAUCAAUUCUGCUCAUGAAAUGUUUUUGGGGCUAGUUGAAAUGACAUUUGGGCUGGUAUAUGCUAGCUUCAUUUCAGCUUGCCCGAAUAGCAAGCUUUGAAAAUGACUUUCUUUGCACCCUGACAUCCCAUGAUGAUGGCAAUUUUGGGACGCAUGUGAAAAUGUGCAGGUUUAGGUCAUUAGAGGCAAGCAAUUUUGACCAUUUGUGGCAUCAACCUUCGCAAACUAUCUGGCUUUCAUUUUCUGGAGGCUGGGUGGUGUGGGACGCAUGGAAGUGAGAGAAAAUGGGGGAAAAUUUAGAAGGCAUUGUGCUGCAGCCGGCCGCCAAAUUUGCAAGCCUUGCCGUUUUAUUGUGUAUUAGUCAGGGGUGUCAGUUUCAGGCAACUGAAAACACCACAAAAUCACAGAACAUAAAGUAAUCUUUAUUCAUUUUUCUUACAUUAUAUCACCAUUUGAGAUCAAAAGGUGCAAAAUUCUGUGUUUUAUGAAGCAUUUCUACCGAUCACUUGAAUCAAGCCGGGUGGGGGCAUUACGAAAUACGUACAGUAAAUAUAUGGGAUCACAUGUCGCGCGUGACAUAAUAAUCCCUCGAACAGUUUGGAUGGUCCACCUGUGGUUAUAGCAAAAUACUUUAGCAUGAUUUGUAGAAAUACUUGGCAUAAAUUCCACAAGUGAUAUUUCAAAAUUCACUAACCAUUGACCAAGUGAAAUUUGAGACAAUUUUGAAAUAAUUAUGUGUGGUACGCCAAAAAUCACUUACAACUCAUGCUAUUAUUUGUGUAUACUACUACCCACAACAAGUUUGUAAUUUUUACAUUUUGCCUUAGGUAUUUUUGAAUUAAACUGAAAUACCACUGCUCUAUACUGAGGGUAGGUAAGUUAUUUUUCUUGGGGGUGGGGGAAGGGCUGGGGUCCAAGAGGGGGGUCAUCAGUGAAAGUGAGCACCACGUACCUCUUUGUGAGCUAUUCAAGGGGAGAAUCACACAACUUUUCCAGAAUUUUUUUAACAAGGAUUUUUUUGAUGUCACUUUCCAUUUUUCUUUUGACCCUCUUUGAUUUAAUUUGGUGAUUAUUUAUUAUUAUAGGUACUUUCAUACUCAAACUUCUGCUAUAAAACGUAAAUAUCCCAUGCAGAUUGUUUGCAUUUUAUUGUUUUGACAGAGCGCGAGGUAUAUUCAUAUUCAAACAUUCUGCAUUCCCAAGUGAAAUAGUCUGGGUUUUUAUGGCAUGGAACAUACACUGUAUGUAGCAGUGAGGUGAGGGUUGCACUUUUGUCAGUCACCUAAAGCUGGGGGGUGGGGGGGGGGGGUCAGGAAUUUUGUAAAAUAAACUCAUGGGAGGGCCAACACUUUUUGUUGGAAAAAAAAUACCAAAAUCCCCCAGUCCUUCUCCCGCCCCCCCAAGAAAAAACAUACCUUCCCUAAGCCAAUCAAAUUGCAGAAAUUUCUGUUGUAGUAGUAUAAAAAAUGUUACAGUGUGACUAUUGUAGCAGGGGCCACUUAGAAUAAGGUUGACCAAUCGGAUUACAGGGAAAUAACAAUACAUUCAAAGAGAGUUAGUUGUCGGCCAAACAGCAGCUCAUAAAAGAACAAAAAGUACCUCGAAGCCCAAAAUAUAAUAUUGAUACCAAACGUUUUUCCGGAAAGCAAAAUGUUUAACCAGACAAUGUUUUUCCAUUCGAAACUUUGCAUGCAACACGGUACACCCAGGAGACAAUUAUUUCUUUGACACAAGCUGUUAUUUUGUUUUCUACCAGCAAUUUGCUCCUAUUGCCACAAUUUGCAAUAACCUGUGACUGCAGUCAAAAAUAUAUCUACGGUUUAUGUUUUUCACCUCCAUCACUCACUCUAAUGGACCUCUCCAGAAACACAUGCUUUCUUCAGCAGGUUCAAAAGUUCAUGUCUGUAGGUUGUAAUAUUUUUGGUUGAUUUCGAUCCAUGUUGUUCGUUUCUUUUCAUGAUAAUUAUGAUUGACAACCAACUUUCUGAGGAUGUAUUGUAUGAUAGUGUUGCAGGAACACACGGUGUAGACAACAAUGAGACAUGAAUACUGAGAGGUAUUUAUUGACUCUACAAUGUAGCCAUACAGAAUGAAGGUUACAAACAUAACCAGACAGUUUUGCAACAUUUGCUCAUAACAAUGACAAUCCCUGGGAGCUCUGGCACAUCGUGUUCCAUUAACUGCGGUUUACUGUUUCACUGUAAAUCUUUAUUUAUCAGUUGAAAGGAUUUCUUCACAUCUACAGGAUUUCACAUCACCCAUCAGUCUGAUUGCUUUCUGUAACAUUGUGGCUUUGUACAGCAACAAAAGGGUUCUUGCAAACAUAAACAAACGAUAAUUUUAAUCCAUGAGUCGGUUCAUUGAAGACUCCUGUACAAGAUCGUGAGCACAUGUAAAAUCUGGCAUCCUAUUAGAUAACAACUGUCACGUGACAUUACACUUUCAUCACUUACACCGCUUAUUUUGUCAUCUACUCUCCAUUUCUUCGCUACCAUUGCCGUGCUUUGCAAUACCGUGCAAUCUGAAGUAGCUGUAAUAAUGAUCCUAGACGUUGAUAGGAAUAGGACUGUUAUCUUACUUUUAUUAGAUCUAUCGGUCGCUUUCGAUACGGUUGAUCACACUAUACUGAUUGAGAGAUUAGCAAACCGCUUCGGUCUUGGCGAUCUAGCUCUGGCCUGGUUUAAAUCUUACCAAAGUGACAGAACUCAUUUUGUGAGCAUUCGUGGUGCGCGGUCUGUCGCGCGUUCGCUGUCGUGCGGAGUACCACAGGGCUCCGUGCUUGGAGCGAUUUUAUAUCUGCUCUAUACCUCCCCAUUGGGGGAUAUUGUCAGACAAUACAACAUGGGCUAUCAUUUCUAAGCUGAUGAUACUCAGUUGUAUCUGUCUUUCAAUUCUCUUAGUGGGGAUGAUCAAGCUUAUUCUGUCUCUCAGGUUGAAUCUUGUGUUAGAGGUAUCGACCGUUGGAUGUCUUGUAACAAACUUAAGUUGAAUAGGGACAAGACAGAACUGCUCAUUAUCAGUUCAAAAUUUCGGCCACGCCCAUCUUUAGAUAGUAUCCUGGUUGGUGAUCAUCGUGUAGAGUGGUCUGAAAAAUCUAGGAACAUAGGAGUUGUUUUUGAUGAGACCUUGUCACUGGAUAAGCAUGUGAGUUCCGUUUGUAAAUCUGCUUUAUUUCAUCUUCGUAAUAUCGUAGAGAUUAGAAUGUAUCUGACUUCUGAGAGCACAAAGACCCUCGUCCAUGCUUAUGUUACUUGUCGACUGGACAAUUGUAACUCAUUGCUCCUCGGGUCACCGGAGUAUAUUAUUCAGAAGCUCCAGCGCUUUCAAAACUGCGCUGCACGCCUUGUAGCUGGGCAACCUAGGGCUGCGCACAUUCGCCCCGUCCUUAAGGAGCUACACUGGUUACCUGUGGAGCAGCGAAUUACCUUUAAAGUAUUACUGUUAACUUUUAAAGCUCUCAAUAAUCUGGCGCCUCCGUAUUUAAGUCAACUUAUAGUCCCAUAUAACCCUACAAGAAAUCUUAGGUCAGCUAGCAAACAUUUAUUAGAAGUACCGAAUGUGCGCCUGAAGAGCUAUGGGGACAGGGCCUUUUCGGUCGCUGCCCCAAAGCACUGGAAUGAUAUUCCCUUAGACAUUAAAUUAAGUGGAUCAGUUGAUGUUUUUAAAUCUACAUUGAAAACUUAUCUUUUUAGACUCGCUUUCAAUUGACUUUUUGUUUUAGUGCUAUUGUUAGUUAGUUAUUUUCUUUUUUGAUUGUAAAGCGAUAUAGAGCUUUUGUAUAUACCGCUAUACAAAUAAAGUUAUUAUUAUUAUUACGUUUUACCCCUCCAUCUGGGACCACGACUGUCCAUUUGGGAAGGGCAUGAAAAAAAAAAGAGAGAGAAAAAAACACUUUUAUUUUCUUGCACAUAAAGAUCUAUUUUCAACAUGAUUCCAAUAUUUUUUGAUAUUUGAUUUGUAAUCUAAUUGAUGUGAGGUUUCUAAUGUAUAUGUAAGGUUUUCAUCUGACAGUUAUUGUACCCAAAAACUUGCAUUCAUUAACUCUGCUAACAAUGCUUUCAUCUAUCUUAAGAUAUCUAUGGUCUUGUUUUUAAUUUUUUUUUUCUGUUUGAGAAUAACAAUAUAAUUUGUUUUAGAAAUAUUCAAGUGAGCAAGCUCUGCUUUCAACCAUAAUGAAAGCUUUGUUAAUUCAUUAUUAGUUAUUGUGAGCAACUGAUUUGGACUUGUAUUUUUAUAGAAUAUGUUUGUGUCAUCAGCAAAUAAUGUGAAAGAGAACAUUAUGGUUGAAGCAGUUAUAUUAGUUAGAAAAGUGGACCAAGGACAGACCCCUGUGGGACCCUACAUGUUAAUUAUGUUCAUCAAUUUUCAGUCUAUCACAUUGUAUUGUACGUAUUGUUUCCUGUUGGAUAUAAUUCGUAAACCAUAAUGGUGGUAUUCCUCAUAUAUUUCUUACAGUAGCUUCUUAGAGAUUACCAAAUAUUUACAGCUACAAACAUCUGACUUAAGCUUUGGUUGAUUUUUGCUUCAUCAGAAGUCUGGCCAGCAGAAUGAUGUCUACACUCUUUGAGGUUACUUUUUCUGUCCGAGACAGUUCAGGCAAGACAGGAGAUGUACUUCUUUCUGAGAUUACGAACAAAUUCGCCAAAAUGUGUGCCAGAGAAGGCUGGAUCUUAGAUGGCAUAGGAAUAAAAAAGGCUGCAGUAGAGAACACAGAGAAAACUUUGGAUUUAACCCAGUCAAGUUCCUCAUCGUGCAAGAGGAAACCACUUACCAAUCAAUCCAUUACUGUCAAAAAAUCAGUAGCCCUAUUGAAAAAGGCAGGCCCUAUGUCACUCCUCCCUGCAGUUCGUCAGCCAAGCACGAACUAUUGUAAAAAGUCGGUACAGCGUCCGCAUAUCCCCUACAUUUAUACGGAACCGGAAAAUUGUGAGCCGCCCUCAUCAAUAAGUAAAAUUUCAGAGAAACUGAAAAAUUGUGAAGAUAGGUUAAGGGCAAUUGAAGAAAUGCUGGUAUGCAGUUUCUGUAGGGAAGUCGUAAAAAGGCCACAUACUCUGGUUUGUGGCCAUUCCUUUUGCACACUCUGCAUAAGCGAAUGGAAACAGAAACAAAAAGAGGCUAGAAGAAAGCCAUUUUGCCCAGAUUGUUCUGUGGAAUUUCCUUCAACCAGGCGACAACUAGAAAAUCCAAAGGGG